AUGAACCCGAACCCGAGCCCCGCAGCCCAGCAGGGGCGUCACCAUGGAGGGAAGGGGGAGGCUCCCAUGAGGCUGCCGGCUUUGCUGAGUCUGCUGGCCCUGGUGCUGCAGGAAGGGGACCCUCACACGGCUCUGCCUCUGGAUGACUAUGGCCUGAGCCCAGACGACUACGGCGAGGUCCUUGACCUGGGCAACUACGAGGAGCCCACAGACUACGGGGAGCAGCCGCCCGAGGUUAAGGAGACCAGCCCGGCUCCUCCAACCAGGGGCAGCCCCACCCAGAGUGCUAAGGCUCCGAGGACAUCCUCACCAAGCCCCACCAUGCCAGGCCCACCAACCAACCACAUCUGACCGGGGAAUCUUCCCUUGCUCCGUCUUCCGCCUGGGGCAGGCCUGCCCACCUGCCUGGUGUGCGUGUGCCUGGGGUCGUCCGUGUACUGCGAUGACGCCGACCUGGAGAGCAUCCCUCCUCUGCCGAGGACAACCACCUACCUGUACGCCCGCUUCAACCGCAUCCGCCGCGUGCGGGCCGGGGACUUCCAAGGACUGGCAAAACUGAAGAGGAUCGACCUCUCCAGCAACGUCAUCUCCUGCAUCGAGAGCGACGCCCUCCGCGCGCUGCCCGCCCUGCAGGACCUGCUUCUCCCGGAGAACCAGCUGGCAGCCCUGCCCGCGUUGCCCAGCAGCAUCGAGUUGCUGGACGCCCGCCUGAAUCGGCUCCAGAGCUCUGGGAUUCAGCCGGGGGCCUUCAGGGCGCUGGAGAAGCUGCAGUUCCUCUACCUGGCCGACAACCUGCUGGAUUCCGUGCCCAGGCCUCUGCCCAUGAGCCUGCGCUCGCUACACCUGCAGAACAACGCCAUAGCGACCCUGCAGGGAGACGAGUUCUGCGACGCGGCGGAGCACAGGCACACGCGCCGGCCCCUGGAGGACGUCCGCCUGGACGGCAACCCCGUCAACCUGAGCCUCUUCCCUGACGCCUACUUCUGCCUGCCGCGGCUGCCCACCGGCCGCAUGGUCUAG